AUGAGCUCGAAGCGCAGAAGCGGCCCUGCAGGCGACCCCGACGACUUUCUAGCCACGCCUGAUCCCAAGCGACGCAAGCGGAGCGACGAUACCCAUUUCCCUGAGGCUGAAACUCGAGAGACCACCACAGAGAUUGGCUUGAGACUCGUAAGGCAAUUGAAGAAGUCGCAAGACAAGAAUGGCCGCAAUGUCGCUAUCCAUUUCCUGGACCUGCCCAGCAGGGCCGAGUACCCCGACUAUUAUCAGCAGACUGCCAUGCCCCUUUCCCUCAACAUGAUUGAGCAGCGGCUGGAGAAUUUUGAGUAUGAAAACCUGGAGAGCUUGGAGUCAGACUUGAAGAGAAUGGUGCAAAAUGCAAAGGACUACAACAAUAGUCGAUCUGCAAUCUUUGAAGAUGCAGAGCGCAUACGCAAGGCUUUGUCCAAUUUCAUGCCAAAGCACAAUCCGGCGUAUCUGCGUCCAGACUACCGCGCUUACCCAACUCCCAUCCCGCAGGAGCUGCUUGACCAGGUUCGACGUCAAUCGAUCUCGUCAGAAGGAACCAUGGCUCCAGAGAGGGUCAAGUUGGUAUUCCCAAAUCCUGCGGCGAGGCGACGUCAAAGUCAGGCCACUCCAUCCACUGACACCCUUGCUGACACAAGGGAGGAUGUAAGGCAAGAGCAGUUGAAGUUUUUGCAGGAGUUGUCGGAGCAGGAAGAUGCAAUCAAUUUUGAGGAAAAGGUCUCCAAGAAGGAUUAUCCCGACUAUUACAAAUGGAUAAAGAAACCGACGUCCAUAGCGGAUGUACGGGCUUUGGUAGAGAAAGACGCGAUCCAAGAUUGGGACGCUUUGGCGAAAGAGGUGCGACUCAUCUGGGACAACGCGAAAGAUUACAAUCAGGAAGAGUCCGACAUCUACCUGAUGGCAGAAAAACUCGAGGCCUGGUCAGAGUCCAAGAUGCAGUCGCUUGGUGCUCAACCGCGUCGCAAUCUCAAACUUUCAUUGUCACAACCAAAGCCAAAGGCCCUGCGAUUGACGAUGGGUUCAUCCACGCCUACACGAAGCCUGGUCGGCGGUACCAUCGACAGCGAAUCUCUCCGGCGACAGAAAGAAGAAAUGGGUCAAGCCUUGAGUAAAGUGCGGAGGGCGAGUUCCAAGGCCACGCAGGUCAAUGGAUCAACCCCAGUACCUUCGAGCGCUGUCCCCAGUCUUCGUCGAAGCGCAUCACUAGCCACAACUACUGAGCGAGCUGAUACAACGACAGCCGAGGCCAAAGUCAAUGGGACAACAAGCACUCCAGAACCUCAGGAAGCUGCGAGAGCUUCACCACCUCCUGCGCAAACUCCAGCACAGCAGCUGCCUACGCCUGUCCAAGAAGUCGACGUAGAUAUCGCGAAUUCAAUGCCAGUCACGAAUGGAGCCGGUCAUAUUGAGCCCUCUGCGCCGCAACAAACCAGCCCUACGGCGACCGCAAAUCCAAUGGUCUCUAAUCAGAAUUACUUGAACCAAUCUGUCAUUCCCAUGGAGCGACGGUUUCGCGACCCUGGCAGAGGAUGGGACUUUAUACUGCUCGGCUCCGUGACAUUCAUGACCAACCCUUCUUUGCCAAACGACCCACGCUGGAAGCUCGUUCGCUACGGCUCGGCUAUCAAGACACAAACAAGUGGUUUCAUUGCCCUGCCUGCUCACUACCGCGACCUGCGCAUUAUCCCCAACACCACUCCCGAACUGGCCCGUCGUCGGCGUCAUCGCAUCUUUUUCAUGCACAACUCCACCGUCUACAGAGAAGGCAACAGUAAUCAUGUGGAGGGGGCGUUCGAAGUUAGGCUUGUUCCAGGGGAGAAUGUCCUUGUUGUGGAGGUCUUGGCAGAUCUCAGAGAUGGAGAGAAGAAGGAGUAUGCGCCGAGUCAGCUGCAGUUCGAUUUCGAGAGGUCCACCUUGAUUGUACAUCUCAACACGGCCUAA